UUCGUUCACAAUAAUUCUCGCCCUGCUGCAUAUAGAAAGAUUGUUCUGUGUACUUUAAAGUUUAUUUCAUCAAAGUAACAGAAAUGUCUUUAGAAACUGUUCCAAAGGAUCUGCGUCAUUUAAGAGCGUGUCUUCUUUGUUCUUUAGUCAAGACUAUUGAUCAGUUUGAGUACGACGGAUGCGACAACUGUGAAUCAUAUCUGCAGAUGAAGGGCAACCGAGAGAUGGUAUAUGAAUGUACAAGCUCUUCAUUUGAUGGCGUUAUUGCAAUGAUGAGCCCAGAAGACAGCUGGGUGGCGAAAUGGCAAAGAGUUGGUAACUUCAAGCCAGGUGUUUAUGCAGUUACCGUAACGGGCCGGUUACCUCCAGGUGUGGUGCGAGAGCUGAAGAGCAGAGGCAUCAUCUACCGGUCCAGAGACACCGCUGUUAAAACAUGAGCGCAUCACGGUUUAUAUCGCUACACCAUUUUCCGCUGCAAGUCGGGCAUCAUUAGCAGUCUUAGUGACUCAUGCUUUGCUAUUGUCUUUGAUCAUUUCUAUUACCCCAGACAACAAACUUGUCUUUUUUGUAUUCACUUCUUGCAUUAUGACUAAGUGGUGGAUAUUUGGAACGCUGCGAUGGGCAUUUUAUGGGCAUU